GGCUCUCUUGAUUGAGGGAGCUAGAAUAUCCAGUUUGAGACUGGAUUUAGUCAGCUUUUUAGUUUUAGUGAACUAAAUCAGUGUAGGGUUAGUCUGCUGUGCUCACAUUGUGUUCAGUGCGAUAUUCUUCUGGUUCUUUUAGGAGUCUGCUUGUCAUGUUUAAGGACACACACUUGCAGUUCUGACUUCCAAGGUUCUGGACACAUCAGGACCGGUUGGGUUAAUACAUCUAUAGAACCAUUCACCCACUUUAGAUGUUACUUUGCGCAGAGACUGGGGAGCUAUUUUAUAUACAAUAUUGUGCAGGAUGCUGACACCUAAACAGUAGUGCCUGUUUAGGAAGUAUUGUCAAACAUUUUGUUUCAGCAGUAACAAUUCAUUGAAAGUGGCUGUAGUACAGUAGUAGAGGGUAUGAAAGUUUAUAAUGGGAUGGCAUGCGAUACAUCCAACCUUUACUGUUUACAAUAAGAAACUGAAUUAUUUCUGCUUUCCAGCUUCAGAUUCCACAGCUCCACCCCCCAGAAAAAACCCACCAGCCCCCUAAAAUCAAACUCUGCUUAGCAACUCGGCAUAAUUUAACACUGUGAUUCGUCCAGUCACUGUCAUUGCAGAUUUCCACAAAUUUAAUUGUGUGAAUAGCUCACAGCAGUUCUGUCCAGCUUGUUCUACUUGGGGGUUGCUUGCAGGAUGGACGCCUUGCCUGUUUAUCACGGGAAGAUCAGCCGGGAGACUGGAGAGAGGCUUCUAGGGGCUGCUGGAAAGGAUGGCAGCUAUCUAAUUCGUGACAGCGAGACUGUGCCUGGGGUUUACUGCCUGUGUGUGUUGUGCAAGGGGUUUGUGUACACGUACAGAUUGUGCCAGACAGAUGGGGGCUCGUGGUCUGCCGAGACUGCUCCUGGUGUUCAAAAGCGUCUCUUUCGGAAGAUAAAGAACUUGAUUGUGGCCUAUCAUAAACCGGGCCAGGGCUUAGCGAUGCCUCUACUCUACCCUGUUUGCAAAGAAAACAACUACACCACCAGCCAACCCAUGACUGGAAAACGUAUGCCAACAUAACUGCAUUUAGAAGCAGCUCUAAGGACUGCAGCCCUUAAUUAAAAUGCUAUCUCAUGGUGGAGACAGUGCAGAAGACUACCUUGUUAUGCACCCAGCUUCAUAGGCAAAUUCAAUAUAUUCUGUAUACAUACGUCUACAUGGAUAACAUCUUGGAUAUUUUUUUAGCUGUUACCAAAUGCGCAAAAAAACAGUACCAUUAAAAAGAUCUAAGUGUCCUUCAAAUCUCUGUGAGGUGGAAACCACAGACGCAUGAAAGCCUUUGUUUUGUGCACAGCAGGCAAACUAUUGGAUUUUUUUUACAGAGACUGGUGGCAGCGCAGCAUUCAUUGUCGUUUUUGUCUUCAGCAAGCUGUUGCAGCGAAAUUAAACCUGAAGAAAAAGUAGGGAGAGCAUUAAUGCAAUGCAUUGCCUCACAGACCCGUAGACUCCACGUAUAAAACAGCUCCCUCCGGGCAGGAAUUCAUUUGAUACUACACCUUGCUGAGCUGCACAGCCCUAUUGCAGUUACUGUGUCAUUGCAACGCCACCCUGUAUUAACAAAGCUAAUGACUUCAACAAGGUAUCAAGAAUGGAACGACAGCCUGAAACUGCAGAAACCUGGAUGACAUUUGGAAGGUUUAUUAUUCAAGUAUUUGCAUUCUAAUACUGAAGGACACCCGUUUUCAGUAACGAGGAAGCCACUCUGCGAAUGUGUUAAUAAUUCAUUGACACACAGUUGUUAGUUUCUUAUUUUUUUAUGCUGCACAGAUUUUUUUUUUUAAGCGAUUUAAAUUCUCUUUGAUUUAGCUGGUUUUCAAUUUUGAAAUUGAAAAUGGUAUGUUCCAAAGCAGGGUGUAGCCCCUGUAUUAUGUCUUACACAUUUUGCCUGAGAUUUAUCUUCUAAUGGUUCUCGAUGUGAUUUUAUUUUUUUGUUGAUAUGACACGUCAUUUGUAUAUUGCGUAACUCCAUAUUUUCAAAUUAAAAUUCUCAUUAAAAACA